UGUUAAGUCGAAAUCCUUAAGUACUCUUGCGCUGGGAAGCUUCGCAUAUAUACAAACGAUACAUACAAACUUGGGGUACAUGCAUAUCAUAUGGUCUGCGCCCACUCUGUGUGUAUUGGGAGACUGUCUUGAAGCUAGGGUUUACUAAAUUGGAGUUGCUGAGCCAUGAGAAAGAAGCUUGACACUCGGUUUCCGGCGGCUCGAAUAAAAAAGAUAAUGCAAGCCGAUGAGGACGUAGGGAAGAUUGCUAUGGCCGUACCACUUCUAGUAUCUAAAGCUCUGGAACUGUUUCUGCAAGAUCUAUGCAACCGGACUUAUGAGGUUACCGUAAAGCGGGGGGCAAAAACUCUAAAUUCUAUGCAUUUGAAGCAAUGUGUACAAAGCUUCAACAUGUUUGAUUUUCUGCAGGACACUGUAAGCAAGGUAUCUGACUUGGGUGGUGUAGAUGCUGCAAACGAGGACAAGUCUACUACAAAAAGGAAGAUUUCAUACGAUGACAAGUGUGGCAAUGAGCAUGGCUCGAAAAGGAUACGCAUGCAUGAGACUAGCCAAACGAGCAGCGAUGGAAGAAGCAGGGGUAGGGGGAGAGGUCGCGGCAGAGGCAGUAAAAAAUUGCACAGAAAAUCACUUGAUCAGUUUGAAAGACUUGAUUAUGAUUCUGACAUCUCUAACCAGAGUGGCAAAAACCAGAAUGAAAAACUGGAGAGGUCAUGUAGUGUUGUAGCCGAUACUACUGCAGAUUCAAGAAUUACAGGCGGAAAAGAUGCAGAUAAGGCAGUAUUUACUUUUGACCUCAAUGUCGAGUUAGACGAGAAUGGUGAUUCCAUCCUUUUGAAUGAUGGAACCCCUUCUGACUCUUCCGAAAAGCCAUCGCCUGGAACAAGACACGAAGAUAUUCCUGGGUGGUCCCUAGAUAACAUGGAAAUGCUGGCUUUUGAUGUGAUUCAACUUGCCAGUUUAAAGAAGAGAAUGGAUGAGGAAGAUGAAGAUUAUGACGAGGAAGGAUGAUUUGCUGCAAUGUUCCGGUUAUGUCGCAUUUUACCUGCAUCUUGUACAGCUUAGUAACUUAGUUUGCUAAUAAUAUGGCUAGAUGUAUAUGUGUGACUAGAAGAACGAAACUAGGUGGUGUUAGAGUUUAACAGAUAGGUGCAGCGCAUUACAAGUUUCCUUGUUCUCUUAUUAGUGAUUCUGUGCAAUAUGUAAAAGCAACCAACAUUGAAUUUUAUUAUUUAGGCUUUGCAAAACUUAGUAUAUAUUCGUCAUUUUCGCUUUC